AUGGGGGCUAUUUGGUCCUCCGAUACAAGUCCUGACUCGCUAUCAUCGGACUCAACGAUUCCCACUGAUUCUCAUAAGGUUGACUCACCACCAGAUUCAUCAAAUCCCAACAUGUCCAAUUCAGAUUCUAAGACCCCAGACGACCAAACUCCAAAACAUACUGUAGAUCACCAAUUGGAUACCAAAACUCUAGAAGAAAAGAAGCAUCAGGAAGAUGAAGGCGCAUUGGAAAAAGAAGAAGAGCAAGAGGAGGGAGAAUGUGGCUUUUGCUUGUUCAUGAAAGCUGGUGGGUGCAGGGAGAGUUUCAUAGCUUGGGAAAAGUGCGCAGCGGAGUCUGAGAUGAACGAGGAGGAUGUUGCUGAAAAGUGCUUUGAGGUCACCGCGGCCUUGAAGAAGUGUAUGCAGGCUCAUCCAGAUCACUAUGCGCCCAUAUUGAGGCUUGAGAAGGCAGCUGAGGAGGAGACAGUUAAAGACAGUUUGGAAGAAGAAAAGGCUUCAAAGAGCUCGGAGCAAAAUGCCACUUUGAUCCAUUCGAACCAGCAUGGGAAUUCUAGUGAAAAGCGAGACAGUUAA